AGCUUGUUACUGUAACAUAAGCCUGUGCUGGGUUAAUUCAGCCUUUCUAUAGAGGAGGUUGGAAAGCUGUGUGUGUGCUUGUGGAUUGGCUACGACUAAGACAUCCAUUGGGUGGCAGUAAUAGUAUCUUCUUUAUGACUUGCAGUUGCAGCAAGCCAGAGAAUGCAUUCAAUCAAAUGAGGAGAUCUUGUUGAAACACUGGAUUCAUUUAUGCAUUGCAGUUUCUCCCCCCCUCCUCUUUUUUGCUGUCUAUCUGUGCUUCUUUGCUUCAACCUCCCCACCCUGUUCUUCCCCUUUUCUUUUUUUCCCCCCCUCUUGUGAUUUAUUUUCUUCUUCUGGGAUCGUGGCUGUUCAUCAAGUUCCCCCUUUAUUCCUGCGCUGCUCACUUGUCAUCUUUAUGGGAGAUUAGCAUCAUUCGGAGCUAACAGACAACUGAUUUUUAAUCGCUUCCACCCCCCCUUCAAGCGUUUGGGAGCGUUAGGACCCAGGAGUUCUUUUUCACAUAGCGGUACAGUGCAAGGAAAACCCCAUCGGAUCCUUCAUUGCAGGAUACUUGUGAAAUACACAGAGAUUUUCUUCGGUCCCCCCCUCCACCUCCUCCUUCUCUGGCUGCAUCUUGAAUAUGGAGCUGGUGCAUGUAUAGUGGAGCUUUACAGUGAAAGACUGCAGGCGCACUGAAGAAUUCCCCCCUGUCCUGCUCAUAACAGACUUCUCUGCCCUUUUCUAUUUUUUUUUUCAUGCCAGUUUUGUUGUUUUUUUGCCUCACACCUGGAUUGGAUCUUCUUCUUCCCUGAACAGAGCUGGGGGUACUUUGAGAGCUGGGAAGCAGCAGCAGCAGAUUUUCUAAGGAUACAUGGAAUUAUCAGCUUUGCUAGGGAACUUGGCACCUGUUCCUGGGGAUCUUCAUACUGAUUGCUAGCACUAGACAGCCAGCCUAGGAAAUUAAAAAAAUAAAUAAAAUAAAAUAAAAUAUUUCUGGGGGUGAAAAAGUGGAUCUGCUGGGAGAUGACCAGUGAGCGGCAAUCACCUCAUUGACUGAUACCCACAUUGGAACAAUCUGAAAGAUCCUACUGGAGAACUACCAUUGAAAAGUGAAAGAUGAAAGCUCCUAUUCCCCAUCUGAUCCUCUUAUAUGCUACAGUAACACACAGCUUGAAGGUGGUGACUAAAAGGGGGUCUGCUGAUGGAUGCACAGACUGGUCUGUGGAUUACAAAAAAUAUCAAGUCAUGGUGGGGGAACCAGUGCGAAUUAAAUGUGCACUAUUUUAUGGCUACAUCAGAGCAAACUACACUGUUGCACAAAGUGCUGGACUCAGCUUGAUGUGGUAUAAAAGUACAGGACCUGGAGACUUUGAAGAGCCAAUUGCGUUUGAUGGAAUAAGAAUGAGUAAAGAAGAAGAUGCUAUUUGGUUUAGACCAACAGUGACUGAAGAUAGUGGCCAUUAUGCGUGCGUAAUAAGAAACUCAACCUACUGUAUGAAGGUGUCUAUAUCCUUGGCAGUAGGAGACAAUGAUACUGGAUCCUGCUAUAACUCCAACAUGAAAUACCCUGAAAAAGCAGAGCUUAGCAAAAGCAAAGAAAUUUUAUGCCCUGAUAUAGAAGAUUUUAUUAUGCCAUAUAGGGAACCAGAAAUCAAAUGGUAUAAGGAAUGCAAAGCAAAGACCUGGAGACCAAGUAUUGUUUUUAAAAGGGAUACUUUGGUAAUCAGAGAAGUCAGAGAAGAUGAUAUUGGGAAUUAUACUUGUGAACUGAAAUAUGGAAGUUUUUUCGUGAGAAGAACGACAGAACUAAAGGUCACUGCACCUCUGACAGAUAAACCACCAAAGCUACUAGAGCCAUUGGAAAACAAGCUGACAAUUCAAGAGGCACAGAUUGGCAGUUCUGCUAACCUGACCUGCAGAGCCUUCUUUGGCUAUAAUGGAGCUGUUGUUCCUGUAAUUUACUGGAUGAAAGGUGAAAAAUUCAUUGAAGAUUUGGAUGAAAAGAGAGUCAGAGAAAGUGACAUUAGAGUACUUAAGAAGCAUCUAGGAGAGGAGGAAGUUGCAAUCUCAUUGAUAUUUGAUUCUGUUGAAGAUGGCGACUUGGGAAAUUAUUCUUGCUAUGUUGAGAAUGGAUAUGGACGUAGGCAUGCCAGUGUUUUUCUCCAUAAAAGGGAGCUUAUGUACACAGUUGAGCUUGCUGGAGGCCUUGGUGCUAUUCUUCUCCUGCUUGUUUUUCUGGUCACCAUCUACAAGUGUUAUAAGAUUGAACUGAUGAUAUUCUAUAGAAAUCACUUUGGAGCUGAAGAACUGGAUGGAGACAACAAAGAUUUUGAUGCAUAUUUAUCAUACACAAAAGUGGAUCCUGACCAUUGGAACCAAGAAACGGGCGAAGAAGAGAGGUUUGCCCUGGAAAUUCUGCCUGAUAUGCUUGAAAAACACUAUGGGUACAAGCUGUUCAUACCCGACAGAGAUUUAAUCCCCACAGGAACUUACAUUGAAGAUGUGGCAAGAUGUGUGGACCAAAGCAAACGGCUUAUAAUUAUCAUGACUCCCACUUACGUUGUGAGAAGGGGUUGGAGUAUAUUUGAACUAGAGACCAGGCUCCGGAAUAUGCUCAUCACAGGAGAAAUAAAAGUGAUCCUCAUUGAGUGUAGCGAAUUGCGUGGAAUUAUGAAUUAUCAAGAGGUGGAAACUCUCAAACAUACCAUAAAACUUCUAACUGUGAUCAAAUGGCACGGGCCAAAGUGCAACAAGUUAAAUUCCAAAUUCUGGAAACGUUUACAAUAUGAAAUGCCUUUUAAAAAAAUUGAACCCAUAACACACGAGCAGGUUCUAGAUGUCAGUGAGCAGGGUCCUUUUGGGGAACUGCAGACGGUCUCUGCAAUUUCAAUGGCUGCUGCCACAUCUACUGCAUUAGCUACUGCCCAUCCUGACAUCCGCUCCACUUUUCAUAAUACGUACCAUACACAGAUGCGACAGAAACACUAUUAUAGAAGCUAUGAAUAUGAUGUACCUCCUACUGGCACCCUGCCUCUUACCUCAAUAGGUAAUCAGCAUACCUACUGCAACAUACCUAUGACACUUAUUAAUGGACAACGGCCACAGACAAAAUCAAACAGGGAGCAGCACCCAGACGAGGCCCAUACAAACAGUGCUAUUUUGCCGCUUUUGCCAAGGGAAACAAGUAUUUCCAGUGUUAUCUGGUGACAGGAAUGGUAGGGGCACAAGAGCCCUCCAUCACAGAUAGAAGCGGAAAAUGCAGUCUGGUGCCUGGAACUUCGUCCUCGACUGCUGCUGUUAAACAUGCAUUACAAUCGUUAACAAUUUUUGAGGAAAAACAGGGUCUUGUACAUAUUUUUUGCAAUUUCUUUGUAGCAUCAGUGUCUUCCUGUUUUACCCAUGUCUAUUGCCAUUACAUUUUGACUUUGUUUUAUAUGUCAAUGAAUUUUGUCUAGUUACAUUUUUUAAUGAACAGACUGAUAUAUAGAUAGGAAACUUUUUUUUCCCUUUUGCUUUAAGUCUAGUUUUUUAGAAUUUUUUUCUUUUAUUUUUAAUUUUUUUUUUCCAAAGUUUGGAAUGCUUGAACAAACCAUUGUGGCCCAAUAAGGAGCAACGUUCAUUUUUGUUGGUUUAUCUGGUAAUCUGCAUUACUGAUGCCCAGCCUUCACUGACAGAAGAGCAAAGUAUUCAAGAUUCCAAGAACUCCUAUUUUCAUUUGAUUUUUUUUUUUCAGAAUAACCUAGCAAAGCAAAGCUCAGUUUAAUUUUCUUUUGCCCCACCUGUCUGAUGGCAGCAUGCUCAGUAACACUUCAAGAUGGUCUGAUUGUCUAACUUUUAACUUACUUAAAUGUUUGUCAAACAACAAGAUCCCUGGUCUGUAUUUAUUGCUUUGCAGUAACCUAGUUCCUAGAAAGCAGUUUGACUGGAAAAGUAAAGGUUUUUAUCCAC